UUAUAUUUCGUGCGAUUUUGUGAUUAAAAGUCAAAUUGCAUAUCGGAUUGCGAUUCAGGAAAGAAAAUCGUGGUAUAAACGAUAUAUCGUAAAAUCGCACAUAGUGCAUGUCCGUGUCCGAGAAGUGGAAUUACUACAUAUCUGCUGGACCUCAAAUCAGAGUGCGACGACUUCGAACCAGCACGAUAGUGUUUUUCCCCUCAACAUGCAUGCACAAUCACAGCAUUGCCCCUUGACUUAACGCAGAAAGUAGCAGUGUGAUAGGAGGUCUCGUGUAGUUUAUACGUGCAAUUAUAAAUUUUGUGUGUAUCGCUAUAUUACGUAAGGAGUAAUAUUAUAAUGAGAUAUAACUAAAAGAAGAGAGCUGAAGGAGACGGAACUUGAUUAAACUGGCUAAUUAUUUGGUCAACAAACGAUGAUCACUACUAUAUUGAUAUUACUUAUUCUUAUUCUAUUGAUGUAUAAUUAUUAUGUGCAUCAUGGAAAGAACGGACGACUUAUCAAUCUGAUACCAGGACCACCAGGUCAUCCCAUUAUUGGAAAUGCAUUCCAAUUUCUUGGUUCACAAGAGGAACUAUGGAAGACUCUGGGUACCAUACCUGACCAAUACUAUCCCAUUUUCAAAGUUUGGGAAAGCUUUUAUCCCGUAGUACUCAUCCGUCAUCCGGAUGAUUUAGAGACAAUAUUAAGCAGCGCAAAACAUAUUGAAAAGAGUUUUAUUUAUGAUACUUUACAUCCUUGGUUUGGUACUGGUCUUCUCACUAGUGGAGGCGCCAAGUGGCAUUUGCGACGAAAGAUAUUAACCCCCACAUUUCAUUUUAAUAUAUUGCAGCAGUUUGUUGAAAUUUUGAUAGAGGAAGGCAAAAGCAUGACUAACUCAUUAAAAAAAACUGGAGGAACAGUUGUAAAAGAUUUAGUACCAUUCUUUAGUGAACAUACGCUGAAUGCAAUAUGUGAAACUGCCAUGGGCACUUCUCUACAAGGCCUUGGUGAGUUUCAGCAGCGGUAUCGAAAAGCGGUUAAUCGCAUGGGCAAACUUGUUACUCAUAGAUUGACGAGACCAUGGCUGUACAUCAAUUGGAUAUUCUGGUUGUCGCCGACAGGUAGAGAGCAAAGAAAGAUUCUGAAGAUAUUACAUGGAUUUACUGAACGAAUUAUUGCUGAAAGAAAAUUUUAUCAUGAUCGCACUAAUGGUCAAUACUUGAAGAGCUUUAGUAAUGACACAUCGGCAGAGAGAGAUGACGCAGAACCAAUAGGAAUAAAAAAAAAACGGCUUGCAAUGUUGGAUCUUCUAAUAGCGGCAUCCCGUGAUGGCCUAAUGACCGAUUCAGAUAUCAGGGAAGAAGUCGAUACUUUUAUGUUUGAGGGUCAUGAUACUACAGCGAUGGGUCUGUGCUUCAUUUCAGCACUACUAGCUGAGCAUAAGGACAUUCAGGAUCGUGUCAGAAACGAAGUCGAUACUGCAUUUCAAGAGCAUGGGGAUAAAUUUACUAUGAAAUUAUUGCAAGAUUUACCAUAUUUAGAGAGAUGUAUAAAGGAAGCCUUGCGCUUAUAUCCCAGCGUCUUUUUUAUAUCACGAAUUCCUGGGGAAGAUGUAAAAUUACAGUCAUAUAUAGUUCCUGCUGGCACAGUCGUGGAUCUUAUUAUUUACGCAGUCCACAGAGAUCCAAAUUUUUGGUCAAAUCCAGAAGUGUUUGAUCCUGAUAGAUUCUUGCCAGAGAGGAUUCAAAAUCGUCAUCCUUAUUCGUAUUUGCCGUUUAGUGCUGGACCACGUAACUGCAUCGGCCAACGAUAUGCUAUGCUGGAAUUGAAGGCAAUGAUAGCUCCUCUGGUACACAAUUUCUACUUGGAGCCCAUUGAUUAUUUAAAGAAUCUUCAGCUGAAGGCUGAUUUGGUAAUUCGCGUUGCUCAACUUCGUGUAAAAUUUAUUCCUGUCUGUAAAACGGAAUGUAUCCCUGUGAAGCAAAUAUCGCCUUAACGAAGAUCAUAAAAGACAAAAGGAAGGCUUUAUUUGCUUACAAAACGAUUAUCACAGCGCGUCGUAAUAGUAACACUUUCUACACAUGUUAUUAUCGCUUACAAAAUUAAAAUAUAAAUAUAAUAUAUUGUAAUAAAUAUAAAAUAUGUAAAUAAUAAAUAAUUAUUUUAUUAAUAUAUUCAAUAAUGGUACAUGUACCAAACGUUCCUAUGGUUUUACUAUAUUUAUAUGUGCAAUAUAUAUAGUCGUGUGUGCAAUUUAUUUUUGUGUGAUAUAAUCUGGAAUGCAACUUGCAUACGUGCAAUAUAACAGUAUGUACGAUAUACUUAUUACAUAUUAUGUAACAAUUAUACAAACUUAUAACAAUUACAAACUUAUAAUAAUUCCUGAAAAAUCUGAUUGCAAAUUACAAAACUUGAUGACAUCAUACAAUUUGGGACCAUCAAUGUUCAAAUUGUGCAUUGCAAUGUAACAUUUCUUAAAAAAUACAAGAAAAAUUUUUCAUUGCAACACGAAGAGAAACAGAUGGGACUUCUGCACCAUGAUACAUGAGAGUGCCACAAUAAUUUCUCAGAUCAUUGGCUUCCGUAGCUGCAGCAGAUAUUUCCUGUAUUGGCUGUACAUAUGUUGCAAAGAUUGAAGAGCCAUAUUUUACAGCAAUUUGUAAUAUUUCGCUAUUUUGUUCAAAGCCUGACGUUUUAAGAUCAACUAAAAUAAUGUUUUCUUCUUCAAUAUCGGAAUUAUUUAUUAUCUUUUUAUUUAGUCCUUGUUCUUGCGUGGCCGGUAUAGUUAAAGAAGUACAAUUACUUUCGUAUGUAACGCCCACAGCAUUUUCUUUUUUGUGUCAUAAUGCUGAUCUGUGUUUCUUUACUUUGGGAGAAACACACUCAUAGAGGAAGCUUUGUUUUCAUAAACGUAUAUGGAUCAUUGAUCGUAUAUAAAGCUACGUCUAAUCAACCAAAUUUUAAAGAAUUAUAUAU